CGUACAUUUGAACUGCGCUUAUUAUACACCUUGGCACACUACCGUCCUUUUUAGUAAUAGGGUGAAAGCAGUGGUAUCUGAGUCCCGGCCUCUUACUCCUCGGCCACCACCAGAGAGACCAUCUGGAAAAACUUCGGGAUUGACUAGAACCACCAAGACUUCUGGGAAAUGUAGUCCACAGUCCAAUAAAAAAAAAAAAAAAGAGUCGAAUGGAAAAAGAUUCGCUAGUUCAGAGCCCCGGUGGGCAGAGACCUCUGGGCGUGCUAGCAGGAGUGCGCAGGCGCAGGCUCUGUGGCUCUCCAUCGUCGCCUUUGUCUGCGGAAGCAGCCUCUGGAGUUUAUACACAAAGAGGACACAGGAUGAAAGACUCAUGAGUUAAGUCUCAUCUUUCUCUAUGGAAAUAGUCUAAAACAAAUUGGAAAACCUAGGAGGCAAAGACAUUGUAUAUGGACUCAGUUGAAGAAAAUUUGAACUGUAAUUUACCCACAUUCAUAACUUACUUGUGAAAAUGAGAGAAACUGCAAGAAAGAACCAUUAAUAUAAAGCUGUGCUGUAUUUCAGUCCCUUCUUGUAACCACAUCUGAGGAUACUCACAUAAAAAAAAAAAUCUCUCAUUAUAUAUUCAGCUUCAUUAGAUACUUGUGAAUUAAUAUUGAAAAGAAAUUGUAUGUAUUAAGUGAAUGUGGAAAAGCUUUCAUCCUAUCUCAGUAGAUGCCGGGAGAAAACUCUUGUACAUAACAGAAUGUUGGAAAGUCUUCAUCCUGAGUCAGAUCUUCUACAUGAUGAACUUGAUCCCAGAGAGAAACUUUAUGAAUGUAAUGAAUGUAGAAAAACCUUUAGCCUAAAACAAAACUUUGUAGAACAUAAGAAAAUGCAUAGUGGAGAGAAAUCACAUGAAUGUACAGAAUGUGGCAAAGUGUUUUCUCGAGUCUCAUCACUUACUCUACAUUUGAGAAGUCAUUCACAGAGGAAAUCAUUCAAAUGUAGUAAAUGUGGAAAAACCUUCAGCCAGAGAGGAAACUUCCUUUCUCAUCAGAAACAACAUACUGAAGAGAAACCCUAUGACUGUGAGAAAGCUUCUGUUCAGAUGACAACCCUCAUUAGAAAUCAGAGAAAUACGGGGAAUAAACCAUUUGCAUGUAAGGAAUGUGGCAAAGCUUUUAAUGGCAAAUCAUAUCUCAAAGAACACGAGAAAAUUCAUACUGGAGAGAAACCAUUUGAAUGUAAUCAGUGUGGAAGGGCCUUCAGCCAGAAGCAAUACCUCAUUAAACAUCAGAACAUCCACAGUGGGAAGAAACCUUUUAAAUGUAAUGAGUGUGGUAAGGCUUUUAGCCAGAAAGAAAACCUCAUUAUACACCAGAGAAUCCAUACUGGGGAGAAACCUUAUGAAUGUAAAGGGUGUGGGAAAGCCUUCAUUCAGAAAUCAAGCCUCAUUAGACAUCAGAGAAGUCAUACUGGAGAGAAGCCUUAUACAUGUAAGGAAUGUGGAAAAGCCUUCAGUGGUAAAUCAAAUCUCACUGAGCAUGAGAAAAUUCAUAUUGGAGAGAAACCCUAUAAAUGUAAUGAAUGUGGAACAAUUUUCAGGCAGAAGCAGUACCUCAUCAAACAUCACAAUAUUCAUACGGGUGAAAAACCCUAUGAAUGUAAUAAAUGCGGGAAAGCCUUUUCUCGGAUUACAUCACUUAUUGUACAUGUGAGAAUUCAUACAGGUGAUAAACCCUAUGAAUGUAAAAUCUGUGGGAAAGCCUUCUGUCAAAGUUCAUCUCUUACAGUGCAUAUGAGAAGCCAUACUGGUGAGAAGCCCUAUGGUUGUAAUGAAUGUGGGAAGGCCUUUUCUCAGUUCUCAACUCUUGCGUUACACAUGAGAAUCCACACUGGUGAAAAACCCUAUCAAUGUAGUGAAUGUGGGAAGGCUUUCAGCCAGAAGUCACAUCACAUUAGACACCAGAGAAUUCAUAUUCAUUAAAAUUCUAUAAAUGCCUUAGAUUUAGGAAUGCUUGAGGAAAAUCUAUGAUUAAUAAUAUAUCAAAAGAUUUGUCUUACAUUAAAGGUACACAUCUAGGAAAUCCUUCUGUAGUAACGCAGAACUUAAAUACAGUAUUUAAUAAGAUGUAUCACAGUAUUAUAUACUUCAUAGACUCUCACAAUGAAAGUUAUUAGUAUUAUAAUUUUAGGACCCUUCUCAAUGAACUUAGAGUCCAGUGAUUUCAAUUAUCAUAGUCUUAGAAAGCUUAUCAAAUGUAUUUAGAUAAUAUGAGCAAUAUAAAUGUAUAUGACAUUAAGAGGCAAAAAUAUUUUUGAUAUAUGCUUUGCUAUAUGGAUAAUUUGUAAAAAUCAUUUUUCAAAGAAGGCAUGUCGGAACAGGGUCUCCCUAUGUACAUAGCCCAGGGAGACCUUAAACUCACUCUGUAGCCCAAGUUAGCCUCAAGUUUCUGGUGAUUCAUUUACUCAGCCUCCCAAUGCUGCAAUUAUUUACAUCACCAUGCCAACUCAGAAGUCUUUGUUGUAGAAUUGUAUAAAAUUGAGGUCAGGACAGAAUAUUGAAUCUAGAAACAUGAAUGAAUUCCUGGGGGAUUGGUAAUUGAUUCUGGCAGUAUCGCAGAUCAGUGGGAAAAUCAUGGACGACUUAAAAAAUAAUCUCAUGAUAAUUAACUUUUUGUAUGGGAAAAUAAUAGACCUCUGAUGUCCUCAUUUAUUAAAGUAUUUCAUAGGAAUUCCAAUGUCUUUGCAGAAAGCAAGGCUUUGUAUAAAAAAUUUGUUAAGAGGAUGGGUUCUGAGACUUGAGUAGGACAGAAAUUCUAGAUUCUAGAAUCCUCAGCUGUUAUUCUUGAGCAUUUAUACUUAUUCUCAAGAAACUGAUAGGCUUAUGUAGGGAGUUAUGUACCAGUCAGUCUGUAAAUUGCAGCAUGAAUUAUGGCAGCAAAAAAAAACGGGAACAGGUGUUUGUUGCUUAUGAAGUAGAUGAAUAAAAUGUAACAGUCAUACAGUAGAAUAUUCUAGCAGCUAAGCACAACAGGUUAAAUCUAUGUUAACAGCAAAAGGAAAAGAAAAAAAUUGGCAUGAAGAAAAUUGAAGUGAUGGAUAUAUUGUGAUGAUUCCUGUGUAAAUUUAAAUAAAACCAACUUGUCAACUCUGGUACUAAGCAUUGCUUAUGGUAAACACUUUUCUCUAAAACUAGAAUUGGGAGGAUAUGUAUUCAGUUCCCAAAAAGUGAUUGUUGCUGUUAUAGGAAGAAUGAAGUUCCUUAGAAAUGAAAUGUGACAAAGCAGGGUAAUUAAAUGCUACUCCAGUUUUAUAUCUAAAUAUCUACUUUUCAUUAAAAAAUAAAGGUUUCAAAAAAUGUAACAAAUUGAUAGUUCUUUGUUGUGGCAACAUAUAUUCUGUGCUGUUUUUCUUUAAAAGAUAGAUAUGGAAGAGAUACAUAUUAUAGCAGACCCCAUUAUAUGUGUGGGAUACAUCCCAAGGCCCCUAGUGGAUAUCUGACGUCCUGUAUAGUACUUAACUCUGUUAGGUUUUCCUAUGUAUGUAUAUACUUGUGGUGAAGUUUAUAAGCACCACAAGAAUCUAACAGCACCUUUUUACACAGCAUGGUAACCUCAGUAUAUGACUUUCCCCCCUUCUUAAGAUUAAGAACAUUCAUGUCUCCAAGGAACUACAGCUUCACUUUUCCAUCAAUAUUCUUGGGCUUUGGAGCCGUUAAUUGAGUAAAAUAAGUGUUGCCAUUUAGUGUCUGUCCAUUGAUCAGACCCAUACUAAUAAAACUUGGAAAAGCUC